AGUAGACACAAUUGGAACAUGGCUGCGCCUGUCCCUUCCAUGUCUGCUUGUGUCGUCUGACUUGUACUACUUUGUGUCCUCGUUCUCAACGAUGCCAGACGAUCAGGGUGCUGAGAUCCUCGCGAAUGAAAUCGGAAUUGAAGAGAUGAAGGAGGACAGUGCCAAGGUCCCAGAACCUUCGAAUGUCCCUAAUCUGAGUGAGACCAAGUGUCAGGAGUCGUUUCCGUUGGGGAAUGCGAAGUCUGAUGACAAUGGAAACGUAUCUGCUUCAAGUAAGACAGAUCAGGCUUCAGAAAGUUCAUCAACAGAGGAGAAGGCAAUGGCAAACAGUGGGAGAAAGAAAAGUAGAAGAAAGGAGAGUCAGAACUUGAGCCAAAUCAUGAAGACACUUGGUGCCUAUGUCACACCUGAGGAGAAGAUUGAAGCCCUGUGUAAGAAAUUUGCAGAGUCUCAGGAUGAAGUCAGAAGACUAAACGUGGUGAUGAAGCAAAAUGAGAGGCAACUGCAGACAGUUUGUAGAGAGAAGGAGCAUGUGCAAUCAGAACACUCCAAAGCCGUGUUGGCCAGGACUAGACUUGAGGGCCUUUGCAGGGAACUCCAAAAGCAGAAUCGUGCAAUCAAGGAUGAAAGCCUGCUGAAGGUACGAGAAGAGGAGGAGCGGCGGAAGGAAGUAUCAGCCAAGUUCCAGUCAACGCUCACUGAGAUCUCCCACCUUCUCCAGGAAAACAAUCAGAAGAACUCCCGCCUACAGGAGGAAAACCAGGAAAUGGCUUCCAAACUGAAGAACCUCAUCGACCAGUAUGAAAUUCGAGAACAACAUGUGGAGAAAGUGUUGAAGCACAAGGAGCUGGAGUUACAGUUGAGUGAGGCCAAGCUGGCCAAGGCCCUCCUGCAAAACAGUGAACUUAAGGACACUCAUUUGAAGGAAAAGCAGAGACUCCUUGAGGACUUGGCAGAGAGCCACAAGAAGCUGGGAGAGUUGCAUGCACAGGAAAUCAACCUAAGAAGUCAGCUGAAUCUUUACUCUGGAAAAUACCAGGAAUUUCAUGAGGCCUUGUCAAAAAGCAAUGCCAUCUUUCAGGAUUUUAAAACUGAAAUGGAGUCGAUGAAGAAGAAGAUGAGGAGUCAGGAACGGGACUUGCGGACAUGGAAGGGAAAAUUUCAGAGGGGUCAGGAGACUAUAGUCCAGAUGACAGAACAGUUGACGGGGGAGCAGCGUAGGGUAGCACAGCUGAAGAAAAUCUCUCGUGCCCUACAGGAUGAUCGCACUCACCUCAUUCAGCAGCUCAAGGAUCAGGGCAAAAGUGUCCCGGAAUCAGAGAGUUUGUUGAGCCUCAUGAAGCAAUCCGAGGAAGAAUCCACUUUGACAGCUCCACAUGACUUGCCCCCAAUGCCAAAUGACCUCGAUGAUGUUGAAAGAGAUGGAGAAGCCAAAGAUGUGACAGACCCUUCUAUUAGUCCUGAGGAAGAAACAUCACCUGAAGGAAACUGUCAACCUGAAGAUAAGGACUUAAUUGCAAGUUCUGAUGGGAAUGAGCCUGUUGAUACCUUAGACACAGAGCCCAUUGCUUUCACUGCACAUACUUUGACCCCUCUUGAUACUGCCGAUGAAACACAUGGUACUCAGAGUGAAGACAUGAAAGAUGACCUUCAAGAGCAGUCAACACUAGCCUGCCUUCCUGAAGCCUCUUGCCCACUGCCAGAUGAAAGCACAAUAAUAUAAUAAUGUAUCCUUUCCUUUGUAUUGAAUUUUCUAGUUUUUUUUUUGCAAUCUGGUCACUGCAUUGAUGUCUGACAUAUUUUGUGCAUGGUAGAAACUGACACCUGGGUCUUCCCUUUUCUUGGUUGUGUGUAGUUUUUUGUUGUUACAUUGUAAAAUAAAAAGGAGAAGUGUUCUUGCAA